ACACUGCUAGAAGGUAUGAUUGCCUGUCACAUACUGUCCUGAACAAAGAGUGGGAUGUAGUGGGAGGGGGGGGAGAGAGUGUAUUGGAGCUACUGGAACUCUCCUGUUUGUGAACAGAUGAGCCUGUAACAGUAGGGGGCUGAUUCAGGGAUUAUUAGAUCCUAGGGAGAGUCUGUGUGGCGGGAACUGUACAACAGAGGGGAACAGUGCACAGCUAAGGUAAACAAGGCCUUUAAUCAAUCAGUGGAUGUUUGAAAGCAGGGAACAGUUGAGAAAACGCAUGAUGUGAAUGUAGGUGGCCUGCAGUUUGUAUAGGAGGUUAUAAGUACAGGAGCUAACUGCCAGGAACACGGAGCAGACCUCAACUGUUGCACGGGCCCAGUCUGAUCCCAUUUGUCAGACCUCGCCUUCUAUUUCUUCUCAUUGACUGCCCUUCUUGUUGCCUCUGCCUGAUCUCUCGAUUUCCUCGCCGGAGCCAUGCAUCCCCAGCGUCCUCUUCCCCAGGCCAUGCCCUCCUCUUCUCUGGGACAGCACCUGCGGGACAUGGCCAUGGGUCUGGGACGAGGCAAGAACUUCCUGGGAGGAAACUUUGCCUACGGUGUCAUCCAGUCCGUUAAGGAGUGCCUCUACUUCCUCCUCUGCUGCUGGUGCAUCAAAGAGAUCCUGGACUGACAGGCUGAGAGAGAGUAGAUCAAGUGGUCAAACAUUGAUUUUCCCCUUUUCUCCAUUGGCUCCUAUAGUGUAAUUUCAACCAGCUUUUAUUUCAUCAGGACUUGAGUGUUUCAUCAGUGGUGCUGGCAAAGCAUUGGCAAGUAUGACUCUUAUCUCAUAUGACAACAAACUACCACUUGAGCACAUAGUGAACUAAAAUCUGUCAAAUUGAUAUGUAUAAUGCAGUUUAUGUUGUCUACUACAGUUUAAAGCGAGGUUCUCAAUUUUCAGGAAAUAGCUGUUUCAAUUAUAGGUUCACUAAGUCCUAAAGUUUUUUUUUUUUAUCUUUUCAGUGUCUAUAGGAUGCUUUUCUUGGGUUCCAGGAAACACACUGGCACAUUUCCAGGUGCACAUUGUUCAGUAUGAGACUGGGUCAGAUUUUCCUGAUUUUACCCUUCUGAUCUAAGAUCUUGAGGAAUGGCACCCCUGAUGUUCACUGUACAACACAAACUGGUGUGCAAUGAAUAAAGGAACUAAUCAAUAGAAACAUUA